UCACCCGGACCACGUGGUUCGACCCCGUGUUGUUUAUAUUUAUUCUUCCGUCUCAGUCUCAGGUGAUUCGGAUGAAGUCGCUGUCAAGCUGUCUGUCUGUCUGAACAUGUCUGCUUCCGACCUGCAGCUUCUCCUCGCCUCAUGUUUGUUUUUCGCCGUGUUCGGCUCGGUUCGGGGAGCGAACGGGACGGUGCCGCUGGUUCUGUGGCAUGGAAUGGGUGACAGCUGCUGUAACCCGCUCAGCAUGGGCGCUGUGAAGAAGAUGGUGGAGAUCAAGAUUCCUGGGAUCUACGUGCUGUCCCUGGAGAUCGGGAAAACCGUUGUCGAGGACACAGAGAAUGGGUUCUUCAUGAACGUCAAUGAUCAGGUGUCUCUGGUGUGCGACACGCUGGCUCGAGACCCCCAGCUGAAAGAGGGGUACAACGCCAUGGGCUUCUCACAGGGGGGGCAGUUCCUGAGGGCGGUGGCUCAGAGGUGUCCUUCUCCCCCAAUGAGGAACCUGAUCUCCAUCGGAGGACAGCACCAAGGAGUGUACGGGCUCCCCCACUGUCCUGGCCAGAGCUCUCAUAUCUGUGACUGGAUCCGCAAGAUGCUCAACUCUGGCGCGUACACCGGGAUGGUGCAGAACCAUCUGGUGCAGGCUCAGUACUGGCACGACCCGCUCAAUGAGGAGCUGUACCGGAACCACAGCCUGUUCCUCGCUGACAUCAACCAGGAGAGGGUGCUGAAUGAGUCCUACAAGAAGAACCUGCAGGCUCUGCGCAGCUUCGUGAUGGUCAAGUUCCUCCGGGACUCCAUGGUGGAGCCCAUUGACUCUGAGUGGUUUGGAUUCUACAAGCCGGGCCAGGCGAAGGAGACCGAGACUCUGCAGGAGAGCGCUCUGUACAAGGAGGAUCGGCUGGGUCUGCAGGCCCUGGAUAAGGCAGGGAAGCUGGUGUUUCUCUCCUCUGACGGAGACCACCUGCAGUUCACAGACGCCUGGUUCAACACAAACAUCCUUCCCUACCUGCACUGAGGGGAGCCCCUUCCCCUGCCCAGGACUCCAGGGGGUCCCCUCCAGCAGUGAAGUGAGGCUCUCUGCGCUGCACUAGCCCCACGUUAACCUGCUGCUUUCCGCCACUCAAAACAAAUUGCAUUGCUUUAAAAAGAAUAAUUCAGAACAAUAAUAGAACAAAAAAAUAAUAAUAAUGAUAAUAUAAUCUAUACUUAUUUUUGCAAUGAAAUGUUUUGUAUUUUUUAAUAUGCAUAACAUUUCAUUUUUCAUCCUGUUUCUAGCCCUAUCUAACCCAGCAGCACCCCCUAGCUGUGAUGCACUGAUUGAGACACAGUCUUUAUAUUCCUCAUGAAGAAAUACAUACAGUAAUAAUAAUAAUACAUUUAAAAAACAAAUAGAUGCAUCAUUCAUUGUGAUCUGCUUUAGUUUUUAAUUUUGAAAUAAAAACACUUCAACAGA